AUGGCCUCUGAAAUUUCAUAUGGAGCACCUGAACGUAAGUUGAAUAUACAGGCCUCUCCGGGUCCAAGCGCAUGUACGAUAGAAUUUGUCAUAAUAAAGAGGGGCCAUGUCGCUUGGGGAUUUGAAGUCGACAAUUCUGGCAAUUACAUUUAUGGAUCGGAUGAUGGUCCAAGUGGUGGCGAUGGUACACCAAAGAAAUGGAAUCAAAGUAACGGGACUCGUAGCGAUAUGAUGAAUUGGUUCAAAAACCAAAACUAUGAUUAUUAUAACUGUGAAAAUGUUCCAAAUUCUGCUGUUGGCGCAGCAACAAAUAUGAUAGCAACGGUUAAAACACAACCAUAUUAC